AUGAUGAGCCACCAAUUGCUCGCUUUGCUUCUCGCCGUCGCCUGCGUCGCCGUCACCACCGUCCGAGCCUACGAGGUUGGUUUUUCGGCGAAAAUUGGUGUUUCGAAGGGUCUAGCCGCAUUUUUAGACCCUCAAGCUUGUCCGCAAUCGUAUUUCGACCCGGCGACCAUGAACUUGAGCGAUGAUUUGAUUGAUUUUUGACAAAACGCGUUCAAACUCGGAUUUCUCCCCAAUUUCCGCAUUCCGCAUUCCGCAUUCCGUGACGAUUGGUUCGAGGUGAAAGUUCAAAAACGUUUUUGAAACUUUCCGUGCAUUUUAACGCCCUCAAAUUACAAAAAUUGGCGGCAUUUGAGAUUACAAUGAAACCACAGUUUCCGAGAAAAACGUUCAACAUCUCACGAAUGUCUAGUUGCACUUUUUGUGUCUCUAAUCCCUGUCUAAAGGCCUCUAAUGAGCACGGAUUACGUCACUUCGCCUCCUGUUUUUCCAUUUCGCCUACAAAUGCUCACUCUACUGAUCGAAAUUGAAUUGGAUCGCAUGGCUCAGUGGUUUUAGGAGUGGUUUUGAUGUGUCCAACCACGCUGCCGAACCGACAAUAUUCGUUGGAGAAAUCGGAAAAGGCGGCGAGAAAAAGCUCAUUUAGAUGCGUGGCACUGAUUGCUUUCGGCUAUUAUUGGGCAACGAGAAUUUGAUUAAAAGCCAAAAGUAAAAGUGUCUUUCUGAAAGUUUCGUUGACCAAAACAUCCUAGAGUGAGCGAAAAUUUAAGGAAAAUAGCAAGUCAAAUUGGCUUCAUCGCCUCGAAUGUUUUUGUCUCCAAAAAACGCGCGCGGGCAUGUCAGGAUUUUUUUGAAAUAUUAUGUACAAGACGAACAAUAGACGCACGACAAUAGUUAUUUUGAUGAUGUUGGAGCAAAAUUCUAGUUGGAAUUGCUCUCUCUGAAAUCCGGAUUAUUUAUUACAAAUACAACCCAGCAGAUCAGGGAUCACCUUUUCAUUGCUCAUCGUUGAACGGCUACUGUAGCUUUGGGAGACGAGUUUUGGUUCUGAAAAUUGUCUUGGGAAAAGUUGAAGUCUAGUAGAACAUUUUUGUAGUUGAGCGUUUUUUUCGAUGACCACUCCCUGGGGUACGGUAGCUCGAUGAAAUUUCGACGACUUUAGGUGGCCCAACUUUCAAGAGCUACAGUACUCUUCGAAGUAGUUGUAUCGAAAAGUUGUCAACUACAAAAAUGAAGUUCCAGAUGUGUGCAUUAUUUUUGUAGUUGACAACUUUAUGAUACGACCACUCCGAAGACUACUGUAGCUCUUGGAAAUGGAUACUACUUUUUCGGAACUACCAAGAGCUACAGUACUCUUCGAAGUGGUUGUACCAAAAAGUGGUCAACUGCAAAAAUAAAGUGUGAUGCAGCCCUAUCAAAGCUGAUAUUAUCCACUUCCAGGAGCCGGAUCUCGACGCGUUGGCCGAGUUUUGCGGAAAAGAAUCCAACAAAAAGUACUGCGAGCAAAUCGCUCAACUCGCCACUCAACACGCCAUCGAAAUCAAUCAGGUACGCUCUCGUUUUUGAACUUUCGGGGUCCAAACGCGCGCUUUGCGUGCCUCUUUUGUUCGAUUCGAAAAGAGCACGGCACACUUGAAAGGGCGAAAAGUGUCCGGACGAGGGAACGUCACUUCAACACAAAAAUGCAACUUUCCGAAGCUCUUGAAGCGCCGAAAUUCGCGUUCCCAGCUUGUUUCCAGUGUCUAGAGAGCUCUUCGCAAAAAUCUGCGUCAGACGGGGACUUGAAGUUGUUGUCUUGCUACCAAAAUUUCAAAAUACAACCUUCUCGAGCGCUGAAUUACAGGGUGGGGAAUAAAUAUAGCGCCCAAUUCAAAAUGCCGUAAAAAGUUCAAAUCGCAAGAUUUUUUUUCUGUAAAUCUACUAAAAGCUCUAUUAAACAAUAACAAAAAGAAUGGCAUUAGCAGUUUUUGCCGAUUGCACCUUUCUCUUCGUUGGCAGCCGUCAGUCUCCUCGGAUACGAGUCAGCGGCGGCACGGGGGUAGUUGACGUAAAGAUCGUGUCAUGGCUUCCGUAGUUCAACUUUCCGGACUCCCUAUUUUGGUUAAUUGUGAAUGGAUACAUACUAGGCAAACCACCCAAACUCGGAGAAGUCCAUAGAAAUCAUAUCCGACUUGAAAUCUACUCGUUCUUCUUAAGUGAUAAAACUUGCGAAAUUGGCUUUGCGCCACUGUUAGGUGGUUUUGGCUCGAUGAGCAGGUGUACCGUCUUGCUGGAAGACCCUAUCUUGUUUUCCGUAAUCUACUAGAUCCAAGACAGUUCCUUCGACCCGAGAAUCUUACUAGAGUAGCAUUUACGGUUGAUUUUCGCUCCAAUAUCAGUGCUGUUUUGCCAUUGGCGGAAAUUUUCCAAAGAACCAUUACUGAAGCCGGAUAAAAAAUUUUAAAAAUUAUUUUUCCAUUUCGACGGACAGUCUCAAUGUCCCCUGAGAUGACCUUGUUGUUGUGAUUAUCAUUUUCGAUACCAGCAGCGUGUAGCCACUCAUCUCCGAUCAGAGUCUGCAGGCGCGUGCCUUGCCGCGUGCCGCCAACGGGACUUCCGGCUUUCUUGAAGCGAAAGUCCUUGUUAUGGAACGAUUCUUUUGAAUACGAUAAGGAAUCAUAUUUAGUUCCUGUCUGGCAAUAGCUUACAUAGAUUUUAAGCUCAUACGGAACUCUGACGACAUUUUCUACGUGCUUCUCUCCGGGUUUCUACGAUUUUUGCUCUAACCGAUAUGACCAUCUUGGGAGUUGUCACUGGGAUCGGGGGACCACUUCUCUACUUGUCUUCCAAUGUUCCGAGGUGUCAGAAACAUCGGGAAGUCAUAUUAACAAACAAUCUUCCUACGCCGAGCUUCCUAACUAUUUUAGACGAUCGCAUUCCUAUCCUUGUGAACCCCAUAAUUACGGACCUAGGCGAUGACGGAGCCACCAUUUCUCUCAAUAUUAACAGAAUUGUCUGCAACUUAGACAAAUGGUCAAAAAUGAAGUGAUGAAUGGAAAAAAUAACAUGAGCGGCCAUCCCAUUGGUUCUGUAGGCGCCAGCGCUGACGCGAAGUUUGGGCGCUAUAUUUAUUCCCCACCCUGUAUGUGUCUGCCUCAUUUUGACGCAAAACUUUGCCGCUAGCCCGGUCCGACGGCUCUUCACGGCGCCAAACACUUCAAAAAUGCAAAAAUCUCGCGUCACAGGGACUUAUGGCGCUUCGGAAACGUUUUGACCCAAAUUUCUUGUGUUCCGAAAGCCCAUUUCGAGUACCUAUCGUUGCAGCAGGAACAAGUGCGAAUGGAGAAGCGGAAGCCGUCGUUCGUGCGUUUCGGAAAACGAUCGGCCGGCGGAUAUCCGCUCGUCAUCGAGCAGGACGAAAUGCAAAUGGACAAGAGAAAGCCGUCGUUCGUGCGAUUCGGACGCAAGUAG